AUGCCCACGCUGAAUCAAAGCUGCAAGCUCUGGGCCUGCGGGCGGCGGCGGCGCCGGCACAGGCCGAGGCGCGGCGGUGCUCGCGUCCUCGGCGUAGGCGCGGCGGUGCUGGCGUCCUCGGCGGAGGCCAUCGGUGCUCCCCCCUCCCCCGAACUCGGCUCCACCCACAGAAAGCGGAGUUCAGGGAGAGGACGAGCGCUCGAGGCCAUCGAGGCCGGGAGGAAGAAGGUCUACGAGGCAAAGGUCUGGGUCAAGCCGUGGCUCGACUUCAAGGAGCUCCAGGAGUUCGUCCACAAGGGGGACGCCACCACCUUCACCAGCGCCGACCUCGGCGCCAAGAAAGGUUCGCGCUCCCGCUUAUGCGACCUUGCUAUUGCUGUUGCAGCUGCUCUCUGA